AUGACAUGUGACAGGAUCGGCAUUGAGGUUGAAGCCUCUUUCAUGCCUCCAAUACUUGACGAAGAGGAUCUCAAAGGAUACAAAUCACAACUUGUUGAUCACUACUAUUUGGUAGUGGACGUCGAUUGUGAAUGGAAAGAGGAAGAUGUCUUCGUCGAUCGUGAUCUAUUAUUGAAUGAUGACCAUCAAGAUCAAUUAUCCGUGAUAUUAUUGGGUAAAAUUGAUGUCCCAGCGGGUUUUGAGUCUUCAUAUGAUGAUAUUGGGGCUGAGUUGAACUUUGCGCCUGCUACUAAAUCAUCCAUUGAGGCUUUGGAGGUUAUUAAAGUUGAAGAAGGCUAUGCUAAGCAGCCGUGUGCAGGUAAAAUUGAUGUCCCAGCGGGUUUUGAGUCUUCAUAUGAUGAUAUUGGGGCUGAGUUGAACUUUGCGCCUGCUACUAAAUCAUCCAUUGAGGCUUUGGAGGUUAUUAAAGUUGAAGAAGACUAUGCUAAGCAGCCGUGUGCAGUUUGCUUCGAGGAACUCUUGAGUGGUAGUGAAGCAAUUCUGUUGCAUUGUUCCCAUGUUUAUCAUUGUGGGUGCAUUCGUAAAUGGUUUAAAAUGACUAAUUGA